ACUUCCGGCGGGUGUCAUGGCGCUGGCAUGGUGAAGCCUCCACACAGGGAAAAAUCCUCCCCGCGUCGAGCUCCGUCGUCCAUCCGGGCCGGGUGUGCGUGUGUCGGUGAGGCCGGGGGGCAGGUACCGGAGCCCGGGGCCGGGCCGAGCAGCACCGCGGGUCAUGGCGGCUCACAAGCCCGUGGAGUGGGUCCAGGCCGUGAUCACCAGAUUCGAUGAGCAGCUUCCGAUUAAAGUUGGACACCAGAACACCCACACUAAGGUCAGCACAGAGCACAACAAAGAAUGCCUGAUCAACAUCUCCAAGUACAAGUUCUCCCUGGUCAUCAGCGGCCUCACCACCAUCCUCAAAAAUGUCAACAACAUGAGGAUCUUUGGAGAAACUUCUGAGAAGAACCUGUACCUGUCCCAGCUCAUCAUCCUGGACACCCUGAAGAAGUGCUUGGCAGGGCAAUCCAAGGACUGUCUGCGUCUGGACGAGACGAUGCUGGUCAAACAACUGCUGCCGGAGAUCUGCCACUUCAUCCACACGUACCGCGAGGGCCACCAGCACGCCGCCGAGUUGAGGGCGUCGGCCUCGGCCGUCCUGUUCUCUCUGAGCUGCAACAACUUCAACGCCGUCUUCAGCCGCAUCUCCACCAGGCUGCAGGAGCUGACGGUUUGCUCCGAGGACAACGUGGACGUCCACGACAUCGAGCUGAUGCAGUACAUCAACGUGGACUGCUCCAAGCUGAAGAGGCUGCUGCAGGAAACGGUGCUGAAGUUCAAAGCUCUGAAGAAGCCGGCUCAGCUAGCAGUCAUCAACAACUUAGAGAAGGCCUUCUGGAACUGGGUGGAGAACUACCCCGACGAGUUCACCAUGCUGUACCAGCGUCCACAGGCCGACAUGGCAGAGGCUGCAGAGAAGCUGUUCGACCUGGUGGACAGCUUUGCAGAAAGCGCUAAGAGGAAGGCGGCGGUGUGGCCGCUGCAGAUCAUCCUCCUCAUCCUCUGUCCUGAGAUCACACACACCAUCUCCAAAGACACGGUGGAGGACAGCAAGGCCAACAAGAAACAGUUUGUGGACAGUCUGAGGAAGGCUCUGGCCGGUCAGGGCAGCAGCAAGCAGCUGAUGGAGAGCGCUGCCAUCGCCUGUGUGAAGCUCUGCAAAGCCUCCACCUACAUCAACUGGGAGGACCACUCCACCAUCUUCCUGCUGGUCCAGUCCAUCGUCAUGGACCUCAAGAACAUGCUGUUCAACCCGUCCAAGCCGUUCUGGAGGGGGACGGGCAGCCAGAACGCCGACGUGGAGCUCAUGACCGACUGCUUCGUCUCCUGUUUCCGCAUCAAUCCUCACAACAACCAGCACUUUAAGGUCUGCCUGGCGUCGUCCUCCCCCUCCACCUUCCACUUCGUCCUGGUCCACUCGCUGCACAGAAUCAUCACGAACUCCCAUCUAGACUGGUGGCCCAAGAUCGACGCCGUGUACUGUCACUCCGGAGAGCUGCGGUUCAUGUUCUCAGACACGCUCAACCGGGUGAUGCAGGGCGCCGGCACUCACGCUCCUCUACGCAUGACCACGAGUCUGACCUUCAUCGGGAAGAAGACCACCAGCCUGAAGUUCAAAGAGAAGGCUACCGACCAGGACACUCGCAGCUACAAGUGCCUCCUCCUCGCUCUGGUCAAGCUCAUUCACGCCGACCCCAAACUCCUGCUGCACAAUCCUGUGAAGCAGGCUCCAGAGAUGCAGAGCAGCACAGCCGAGCUCAUCACCGGCCUGGUCACGCUCGUCCCUCUGAACACCACCCCACAGCUCUCCCAGGAAGCCAUGGAGGCUUUGCUGGUUCUGCACCAGCCGGAGACCAUCGAGCUGUGGAAUCCCGAAGGCCCCAUAGAGACAUUCUGGGACAUCAGCUCCCAGGUGCUCUUCAUCAUCUGUAGGAAACUUAUCGGUCAGCAGAUCGCUAACGGGACAGACGUUCUGAAAUGGCUGAGGGAGAUCCUAAUCUGCAGGAAUAAGUUUCUGCUCAAGAACAAGGAGUGCGCUACGAUGGGGGGCGGCAUUCCCAUCUGCCGGCAGGCGCAGACCAAGCUGGAGGUGUGUCUCUACAUGUUCCUGUGGAGCCCCGACACCGAGGCCGUGCUGGUCGCCAUGUCCUGUUUCCGCCAUCUUUGCGAGGAGGCCGACAUCCGCAGCGCUGCAGACGAGGUCCCCGUCCAGACCAUCCUGCCCAACUACGCCACCUUCAGUGAGCUGGCCUCCGUCAGCAGCAUGAUGGGCACAGGACGGUCCACGCUGCAGAAACGGGUCAUGGCUUUGUUAAGAAGAAUAGAGCACCCUACCUCAGGAAACAUCGAGGCCUGGGAGGACACUCACUCAAAAUGGGAGCAGGUCACCAAGCAGAUCCUCACCUUCACCAAAAACAGGGCUGAUGAUGGACAUCAGGAGUGGAUCAACAUGACGGGGUUCCUGUGUGCCCUGGGCGGGGUGUGUCUGCAGCAGCGCAGCACCCCAGGCCCGGCCACCUACAGCCCCCCCAUGGGUCCCAUGAGUGAGCGGAAGUACUCCAUGAUCUCGGUGGGGCCCUGCGACGUGCCCGGCGCCGUGGCCCCGUCCUGCCCCGCCUCGGCCUCCAGCGAGACCCCGGUGGGACGCUUCCUGGAGCGCCUGCUGGCCCUGCUGGUGUGCGGCCACGACAGGGUGGGGCUGCACGUGCGCACCAACGUCAAAGACCUGCUGGGGAUGGAGCUGAGCCCCGCCCUCUAUCCCAUGCUCUUCAACAAGCUGAAGAACAGCAUCGGCAAGUUCUUCGACACCCAGGGAUCGGUUCCCAUCAACGACACUAACACCCAGUUCGUGGAGCAGACCAUCGCCAUCAUGAAGAACCUGCUGGACAACCACACGGAAGGCAGCUCCGAGCACUUGGGCAUGGCCAGCAUCGAGACCAUGAUGCUCAACCUGGUCAGGUACGUCCGGAUACUGGGUAACGUGGUCCAUGCCAUCCAGAUCAAGACCAAGCUGUGCCAGCUAGUGGAGGUGAUGAUGGAGCGCCGGGACGACCUGUCCUUCUGCCAGGAGAUGAAGUUCAGGAACAAGAUGGUUGAGUACCUGACAGACUGGGUGAUGGGGACGUCCAACCAGGCUGCAGACGAUGACAUCAAGUGUCUGACCAGGGACCUGGACCAGGCCAGCAUGGAGGCCGUGGUCUCUCUGUUAGCAGGUCUGCCUCUGCAGCCGGAGGAGGGGGACGGCGUGGAGCUGAUGGAGGCCAAGUCUCAGUUGUUCCUCAAGUAUUUCACUUUGUUCAUGAACCUGCUGAACGACUGCAGCGAGGUGGAGGACGAGGGCCAGACGGUCGGGGGUCGGAAGAGAGGGAUGUCCCGUCGUCUGGCGUCCCUUCGCCACUACACCGUCCUCGCCAUGUCCAACCUGCUCAACGCCAACGUAGACAGCGGCCUCAUGCAUUCCAUCGGUCUGGGUUACCACAAGGAUCUUCAGACUCGAGCCACUUUCAUGGAGGUGCUGACCAAGAUCCUGCAGCAGGGAACGGAGUUCGACACGCUGGCUGAGACGGUGCUGGCCGAUCGCUUUGAGAGGCUGGUGGAGCUGGUCACCAUGAUGGGGGACCAGGGAGAGCUGCCCAUCGCCAUGGCCCUGGCAAAUGUCGUUCCUGGGUCCCAGUGGGAUGAGCUGGCCCGGGUCCUGGUGACGCUGUUCGACUCGCGCCACUUGCUCUACCAGCUGCUGUGGAACAUGUUCUCUAAAGAGGUGGAGCUGGCCGACUCCAUGCAGACUCUGUUCAGAGGAAACAGCCUCGCCAGCAAGAUCAUGACCUUCUGCUUCAAGGUCUACGGAGCAGCAUACCUGCAGAAACUUCUGGAACCCUUACUAAGGGGCGUCAUCACAACUCCAGAACACAUCAGCUUCGAGGUGGACCCCACCAGACUGGAACAUGGUGAGAACCUUGACGAGAACCAGAGGAACCUGCUCCAGAUCACGGACCGCUUCUUCCAGGCCAUCGUUGGGUCUUCCAGUGAGUUUCCCCCACAGCUGCGCAGCGUCUGCCACUGUCUGUACCAGGCUACUUGCCACUCUCUACUGAAUAAAGCCACAGUAAAAGAAAAAAAGGAAAACAAAAAAUCAGUGGUGAGUCAGAGGUUUCCCCAGAACAGCAUCGGAGCGGUGGGCAGCGCCAUGUUCCUGCGCUUCGUCAACCCCGCCAUCGUGUCUCCGUACGAGGCCGGAAUCCUGGACAAGAAGCCGCUGCCCCGGAUCGAGCGAGGCCUCAAACUCAUGUCCAAGAUUCUUCAGAGCAUCGCCAACCACGUCCUGUUCACAAAAGAAGAACACAUGAGGCCUUUUAACGACUUCGUUAAAAGCAACUUUGAUUCGGCACGCAGGUUCUUCUUGGACAUCGCCUCCGACUCUCCUCCCAGCGACUCCGUCAACCACAGCCUGUCCUUCAUCAGUGACGGGAACGUGCUGGCCCUCCAUCGCCUGCUCUGGAAUAACCAGGAAAGGAUUGGCCAGUACCUCUCCAGUAACAGAGACCACAAGGCUGUGGGGAGGAGACCUUUUGACAAGAUGGCCACCCUGCUGGCCUACCUGGGCCCCCCCGAGCACAAACCAGUGGCCGACACCCACUGGUCCAGUCUGAACCUGACCAGCUCCAAGUUUGAGGAGUUCAUGACCAGGCACCAGGUCCACGAGAAGGAGGAGUUCAAAGCCUUAAAGACACUCAACAUCUUUUACCAGGCGGGAACAUCCAAGACCGGCAACCCGGUCUUCUACUACGUGGCCCGCAGGUUUAAAACGGGCCAGAUAAACGGCGACCUGCUCAUCUACCACGUUCUCCUCACCCUAAAACCCUACUAUGCCAAGCCCUACGAGAUCGUCGUUGACCUGACUCACGUCGGACCCACCAACCGCUUCAAGACCGACUUCCUCUCCAAGUGGUUUGUGGUCUUCCCUGGCUUUGCUUACGAGAACGUGGCAGCGGUUUACGUGUACAACUGCAACACCUGGGUCCGGGAGUACACCAAGUACCACGAGCGGCUUCUGACGGGCCUGAAGGGCAGCAAGCGGCUCCAGUUCAUCGACUCCCCGGCUAAACUGGCCGAGCACAUCGAGCCGGACCAGCAGAAACUGCCUGCAGCUACUCUGACCCUGGAGGAAGACCUGAAAGUGUUCCACAAUGCCCUCAAGCUGGCCCACAAAGACACCAAGGUCUCUAUAAAGGUGGGCUCCACGGCGGUGCAGGUAACCUCAGCUGAGCGGACCCGUGUCCUCGGCCAACAAGUCUUCCUCAACGAUGUCUACUACGCCUCAGAGAUCGAGGAGAUCUGCCUGGUGGACGAGAGUCAGUUCACCCUGACGAUGGCCAACCAGGGCACGCCCCUCACCUUCAUGCACCAGGAGUGCGACGCCAUUGUCCAGUCCAUCAUCCACAUCCGGACCCGCUGGGAGCUGUCCCAGCCCGACUCCAUUCCCCAGCACACCAAGAUCCGGCCCAAGGACGUCCCGGGGACGCUGCUGAAUAUCGCCCUGCUGAACCUGGGCAGUUCCGACCCCAGCCUCAGGUCUGCAGCCUACAACCUGCUGUGUGCUCUGACCUGCACCUUCAACUUAAAGAUCGAGGGCCAGCUGCUUGAGACGUCGGGCCUAUGCAUCCCGGCCAACAACACCCUCUUCAUCGUCUCCAUCAGUAAAACUCUGGCCGCCAACGAGCCUCAUCUGACUCUGGAGUUUUUAGAGGAGUGCAUCUCUGGCUUCAGCAAGUCCAGUAUCGAGCUGAAGCAUCUCUGUCUGGAGUACAUGACGCCCUGGCUGCUCAACCUGGUUCGCUUCUGUAAGCACAACGAUGACGCCAAGCGCCAGCGGGUCACCGCCAUUUUGGACAAGCUCAUCACCAUGACGAUCAAUGAGAAACAGAUGUAUCCGUCCAUCCAGGCCAAGAUCUGGGGCAGCCUGGGUCAGAUCACUGACCUGCUGGACGUAGUGCUGGACAGCUUCAUCAAGACCAGCGCCACCGGAGGCUUGGGCUCCAUCAAAGCAGAGGUCAUGGCUGAUACGGCGGUGGCUCUGGCGUCAGGGAACGUCAAACUUGUCUCCAACAAGGUGAUUGGCCGGAUGUGCAAGAUCAUCGAUAAGACGUGUCUGUCCCCCACGCCGACCCUGGAGCAGCACCUGAUGUGGGACGACAUCGCCAUCCUGGCGCGCUACAUGCUCAUGCUGUCCUUCAACAACUCUCUGGACGUGGCGGCCCACCUGCCGUACCUGUUCCACGUGGUGACGCUGCUGGUGGCCACGGGCCCGCUGUCGCUGCGGGCCUCCACCCACGGCCUGGUCAUCAACAUCAUCCACUCGCUCUGCACCUGCUCGCAGCUCAACUUCAGCGAGGAGACCAAGCAGGUGCUGAGGCUGAGCCUGACCGAGUUCUCCCUCCCCAAGUUCUACCUGCUGUUCGGCAUCAGUAAAGUCAAGUCGGCGGCCGUCAUCGCCUUCCGCUCCAGCUACAGGGACCGGUCCUUCUCUCCGGGCUCCUACGAGAGGGAGACGUUCGCCCUGUCCUCGCUGGAGACCGUCACUGAGGCUCUGCUGGAGAUCAUGGAGGCCUGCAUGAGGGACAUCCCAGGCUGCAAGUGGCUGGACCAGUGGACGGAGCUGGCCCAGAAGUUUGCCUUCCAGUACAACCCGUCCCUCCAGCCCCGAGCGCUCGUGGUCUUCGGCUGCAUCAGCAAGAGGGUGACCCACGGCCAGAUCAAGCAGAUCAUCCGCAUUCUCAGCAAGGCCAGUCCUCUCCUCAGCAUAGACCGGGGUCUGGAGAGCUGCCUGAAGGGUCCAGACAACUACAACAGCCAGGUGCUGAUCGAGGCCACCGUCAUCGCUCUGACCAAGCUGCAGCCCCUCCUCAGCAAGGACUCCCCCAUGCACAAAGCUCUGUUCUGGGUGGCGGUUGCGGUGCUGCAGCUGGACGAGGUGAACCUGUACUCCGCCGGCACCGCGCUGCUGGAGCAGAACCUGCACACGCUGGACUCCAUGCGUGUCUUCAACGACAAGAGUCCAGAAGAGGUGUUCAUGGAAAUCAGGCGUCCUUUGGAGUGGCACUGCAAGCAGAUGGAUCACUUCGUGGGCCUCACCUUCAGCGCCAACUUCAACUUUGCUCUGGUGGGCCACCUCCUCAAAGGGUACAGACACCCGUCCCCCACCACGGUGGCCAGGACGGUGAGGAUCCUGCACACGCUGCUCGCUCUGAUCAGCAAACACCUGAAGUGUGACAAGUUUGAGGUCAACACCCAGAGCGUGGCGUACCUGGCAGCUCUGCUGACGGUGUCGGAGGAAGUUCGGAGUCGCUGCAGCCUCAAACACAGGAAGUCGCUGCUGAUUUCAGACCUCUCCGUGGACCCAGUGCCCAUGGACACCUACUCCAGUCUCAUGAACGAUCCUUCCUGCAGAACACUACAAGAACCCCAGCCGUGGACAUCCCCUCAGGUCUCGGACCGCUACCUUUCAGCCCAUCACUACCCUCCCAUGGGCCAGAUCAGUCCAAGAACACGCAAGUCCAUGAGCCUGGACAUGGGCCAGCCCUCCCAGGCCAACACCAAGAAGCUCCUGGGUACCAGGAAGAGUUUCGACCACCUCAUAUCAGACUCUAAAGCACCAAAGAGACCAGAAAUGGAGUCCGGUAUGACAACCCCUCCCAAGAUGCGACGCGUGGCAGAGAACGACUACGAGAUAGAGACGCAAAGAAUUGGAAAUUCCCACCUUCGUAAGGUAUCCGUCUCCGAGUCCAACGUUCUGCUGGACGAGGAGGUUCUGACCGACCCAAAGAUCCAGGCUCUGCUGCUCACUGUGCUGGCCACGCAGGUCAAAUACAGCACGGACGAGUUUGACCAGCGGAUCCUGUACGAGUACCUGGCUGAGGCCAGCGUCGUCUUCCCCAGGGUCUUUCCAGUUGUCUACAACCUGCUGGACUCCAAGAUCAACACUGUGCUGUCCAUGUGCCAGGACACCAACCUGCUGAACCCGGUCCACGGCAUCGUCCAGAGCGUGGUGUACCACGAGGAGUCUCCCCCGCAGUACCAGCCCUCCUACCUGCAGAGCUUCGGCUUCAACGGACUCUGGAGGUUUGCUGGACCCUUCUCAAAGCAGACACAGAUACCCGACUACGCUGAACUCAUCGUCAAGUUCCUGGAGGCUCUGAUUGACAGCUACCUGCCUGCAGCGGACGAGGAGCGAGGAGAGGAGCAGCUGAGGACGCCCACCUCCCCCUACCCCCCCACCAGCCAGAGCCAGCUGAGCAUCACUGCCAACCUUAACCUGUCCAACUCCAUGACCUCACUGGCUACGUCGCAGCACUCCCCAGGUGUGGACAAGGAGAACGUGCAGCUGUCCCCCAGCUCGGCUCUCUCCAGUGGGGGACGAACCCGCCACGGCUCGGCCAGCCAGGUGCAGAAGCAGCGCAGCGCCGGCAGCUUCAAGAGGCCCAGCAUCAAGAAGAUCGUGUGAAGUCCCGCCAGGCCGGGUCGGACCGCGCCGGGCCGCCCGCCUCCUCCCUGGUUUCUCCUGGUUCUUCAUCGUCGUUGCUUUGGCAAACAAGUGGUUCUGGAUUCUUGGCGGAGGACAUUACCGAACCCAGCCGCGCCGCUGGGACCUCUUUAUUUUCCUGUUUGAUUUUGGACAGCCUGAUCCGCGGCAGAGGCUUUCUGUCCCCUGAAGGCUCCGCCUCCCCGCACAGGGGGCGGACGGGAGAGAGUCGACAAUGAAGAGGAUGACAAUGUGAUCUGCAGGGGCAAACUGCAGGAUUCUGUCAGUCAGGAUAUUCACUCUGGACUUCCAAGGACGUACAUGCUCAACCCUUCCAGUCCUCUUCAGAUCCUUCUCAUAGACGUGGUCUCAUAAGUGGCUCCCCAUGUUGGUUCGCUCAGUCGUGUGCCUUCAUCAAGUUCUUGUCCACCAGACCGUCCUGAUCCUCGUACAAGACUGUCCUGAUCGUAGUCUUACCAGACUGUUCCAACCCUAGUCCUACCAAACUUUCCUGAUCCUCGUACAAGACUGUCCUGACCCAAGUCCUACCAGACUGUCCUAAUCCUCCUAUCGUACUACCCUGACCCAACCUACAAUGCCCUAACCCAACCUACCAGAUUGUUCUGACCCUAGUCCUACAAGACUGUCCUGAUCGUAGUACCAGACUGUUCCAACCCUAGUCCUACCAAACUUUCCUUCCUCCCACCAGACUGUCCUGAUCCUUCUAUCGUACUACCCUGACCCAACCUACCACAAUGCCUUGAUCCUCUUACCAGACUGUCCUGAUCGUAAUCCUACAAGGUUGUCCUGACCCUAGUCCUACCAAACUUUCCUAAUCCUCGUACAAGACUGUCCUGAUCCAAGUCUUACCCUCGUACCAGACCGUCUUGAUAGUCUUACCACAUCGUCCUGACUCUAGUCCUAACAAACUUUCCUAGUCCUACCCUCGUACCAGAUUGUCCUGACCCUAGUCCUACCAGACUGUUCCAACCCUAGUGCUGACAAACUUUCCUGAUCCUCCUACCAGAUUGUCCUCACCCUAGUUAUACAAGACCGUCCUGACUCUAGUCCUACCCUCGUACCACACCGUCCUGACUCUAGUCCUACCAGACUUUUCUGACCCUGGUCCUGCCGGACCGUCCUGUCCAGACCUGGUAUCUUGACGCCCGCCAUCAUGAAGGUUAAAACUCAGAACUCGGUGGUGUAAAUACGAACACUUCCCGUCAUUGGUUCCCAUCGGUUUUCCGGAGACUUCUGUCGCAGCGGCGUCACGUUUGACUCCGUGGACGAAGGGAGAUGAUGCAACAACUAACAAAGCUCCGCCCUCAAACCCCACCCGUGUCGAUAGAACCCCGCUAACGCAUCGCUGCAACCUUCCUACCGACCACCAGAGGGAGAUCUGAGACUGAUGCCACUUUCUAAAAAACCUUCACGUUGUCGUCUUCAUCAGCUGGGCAGUGGAUGACCUUGAGUUUGUAGAGGUCAGUGGGGGAAAAUAAACUAAACUGAGAAGACCAACGGGGACAUGCAGAGAUGUGCAGGACUUGUCAUGGCUCCGUCAGGUCGUCUUGGAUGUGGAAGCGAUGCCUGUGGGCUGUUUUGGAAACACAACGCCAUUGUGGUGUUUGGUACGAGCAGCCAGCGGUCGGGUCUUUGCCACCAGCCGGUGGGUGGAGCCGGAGUGGAGGUGGGGGAAGGCUUGAGUCAGGGCAUCUCCACCCGUCCGUGUUCUGGAUGGACAGCAGGAUGGUUUUCCAGCGGUGGAACGAUUCUGGAAGAGUCUCAGUGGGGGAAAGCAGAUGGAUGUGUCACCAAACACCAGACCAACCGCCAGCUGGACAGAACCAAACCUCUCUGGACAGGUCCGGAACAGUUCUGCCGGUUCCAGGUGGACACAUUUAAAACUGUUUCCCAGUCAGAAAAGGUCUGGCAGAGCUGAGUCACAAUGGACAUGGUGGCUCCACCCACUCACCUGAGAUGCUUCAUGCUGAUUGGUCUGUGGAACACAGGAGUAAUCGCAGCUGCCAGUCAGUCAGGAAACACCUGCCCUGGUUCCCUCCUGGUUCCUGGUUCCCUCCUGGUUCCCGGUUCCCUCCUGGUUCCUGGUUCCCUCCUGGUUCCCGGUUCCCUCCUGGUUCCUGGUUCCUGGUUCCCUCCUGGUUCCUGGUUCCUGGUUCCCUCCUGGUUCCUGGUUCCUGGUUCCCUCCUGCUGGGUCAACGGUCCGAGCUGAGCUCCGCCCAGGAAGGCGGCGAGUCUUAUCUCUGAAUGAACAUGAACUCCGUGCGAGGGGACGUUUCCCGCCCCCGGGACGCAGCUGGCGGACUUGCACUAAUCUAUAAACAGUCGUGGGUUGUACAGAAGAAGAACCUCCACAUGUGGCAUGUUUUAUUUGAUGUUAUGCAAAUCUAAUGUCUGUAGAGUAUUAGUCUGAGUUCUGUUUUUAAUGCAGUACGUGUGACAAUUGUAAAUACUUUGUGUACAAUUUGAGAUGGUAUAUUUACUACACUGUACAUAGCUGUGAUAUUGUAUCAUUUUGUUUUUGUAAAGCAGUUAGUUUCUGUAUAAUAAUACACAAAUGGAACUAUUCCAGUGUUAGUAAUAAAAUGUUCUGCUCUUCAGCGUCCGACUGUGCUAACGGCUCCCGUCUACGAGCGCGUGAUUCCAACGUUUAAACGUGGAAACGCUCCUGACGGGCGGCUUCUUUGUCUUUGUGCUGCACGGCCCCUCGUUGUAAAUAGGUGGAAAAAAACCACAUUCAGUUCAGCUUUAUUUAUACGGCACCAAACAAUCUCAAAGCCUCUUCAACGACAGUCCAACUCCUUUACAAAUGAGUCCAAUUAUUACAAAGUCAAUAAAAUAACUAUGAUUACUGCUCCACG